AUGACCUUGUCCGAGGCCACCAUGCGGAAUUGGAUCAUGCAGCCAGGCUCGCUUAUCACCAAUGGAGAGACUCUUCAUUAUUCUGCUUUGACUGUCCUCGGAGCACUCACUCUGACUGCUACCGUUGUCGGCAUGUUCUACACUACUGCGUCUGAUGCAAUGGUUGCCCCCAAGCUCAAAUUCGGCGACUGGGAGCACAAGCAGCUCCAGAACUACGUUCGAGCGUCAUAUUCAAACCCGUACUUCGUACGAGAUAGCUGUGCUACUCCUAUUAGCACCUCAACCACUGUGGCUAUAAACGAUCAAGAGGCUGGGGCUGCCUGCCUCGACGUACAAUAUUCUGGAAACUCUUAUCACAACCUCUUAGCCUUCAUGUCCACAUGGCACGAUAUCAACGUUAAUGGGACAAGCUUGAUCAAGGACAUGGCCGGUAGACCCCCAGGCACUGCAAGUCUAUAUGAUAAUGUCACCAUGACUGCAGCCUGGAUCGAGACCGGAAAUUCCAAUGUCACCAAGAGCUACGAGAAGUACGGUCGGAUCAUUAACAAUGUCACGCUAGCUAUGCCACAUCCAGGUGUUUAUACAGCCGCUACCAAUAACGUCAACAAAAUAAUACAGCCCACUGAGCUUGGAGGUGUAGGCGAAUACGCUAUCAGAGCCAGCGUUGUCUCGCCAGCAGUGAACACAAUGUGUGUUAACCUAGCCGAAGACGAGCUUGCCCCCCUUAUCUACACUACUUGGCCGAAUGCUACGAACGAAAAUACUACCAUCCCUGGACAGCUCAUCGGAAAUGCCGCAUGGCAGGGUGAUGUCCCUGCGCCAUCCGAUGAGGAAUGGUUGAACAAGACUGUAGUGGACGAUGUCUUCCGUUGGGGCAAAGCCUACGGACGGAGACCACCAGUAUUUCAACUUUAUCCUAUUGAUUCUAAUAUCAUUACCAAUACCUCUGUCUACAACAGUGAUGCGAUAUACGUCCUGGGGAAGAAUCGCUUUAUCGCAAACUACACUCUCUGCGAGCUGCGUUCGUGGACAUCCCCGAAAUGCUCGACCCGCUUCAACAUUUCGGGGACGACGGGAGCGCACAUGUCUGCGCAUUGCGAGGAUCCGUACGACCGCGACAUGUAUAUGAGGUCUGUCGAUGAUGCUACAGUCCAGACAUCUAUCGAUUGGAAGAACAUGGCCGAUCAAUGGAGACUAUCCAUAGAUUUAAACGGCGGCGUGAGUAACAACAAUGCGUCAAACGCUAGGAUCCUCACCCAGCUUGCCCUACAGACAGCGGAGCUUCCUAGCCUUCUACCAUCUAUGGCCGAGGCUCUUUCUGUGCUCAUCAGCUCAAUGCUUGUUGCUGGAUCGAUUGACACUCCGUUGCGACACUACUGGUCUUAUCCGUCGACACAGCUGGAAGCACCCGGUAUCCUUGAACCUUUCAAUGCGAGCAUGGUUACGCAAGAGUACACCUCUUCGCACACCAACGACUGGCAGGCAAUUUUCUACAUCGUACUGUCCCUCGUCUUUGCCAUGAAUUGCUUCUGUCUGGUCUAUUUCAUCAUCCGCUCCGGCCUGGUGACUGAUUUCACCGAGCCGGCCAACCUCUUUGCUCUUGCCGUCAACUCGCCGCCAAGCGAUCAGCUCAGGGGCAGUUGCGGCGGUGGGCCGAAGAGACGUGACCUCGUCGUGCCAUACCGAGUUGCAUAUGCGUCGGGGUCCAAUCACUUCUACUUUGAGGAGGCGAGAGACAAGCCGUGGCGAGGCAAGUAUAGACACUCUUUGGCCAGUGCGAUGGAUUUGGAAGAGAAGAAGCCGAGUAAGUAUAAUCGGCUGAGCACGAGCAAGACAUGGCUCUAG